CUCUACUUCUCUUGUACAUAUUUCUUCGACAUUGAAAAUUGGUUGAACGCCGACAAUCAUAGACGACCAUCCAGCCCCUUCCUUAGUGCCUGGUUCCGCUCUGCGUACCUGUUCUGCUUCUCUGCCCUGCCAUGGCGAUGACGGUACCCCGCUACCUGACCGGCGAUCCAGCUGGCAUCAAGGAAUUUCUAGACAAGUUUGAUGUAUUCCUCUUCGACUGUGACGGUGUACUAUGGUCCGGAGACCACCUCUUCCCAGGGACGGUUGAGACACUGGAGUUGCUGCGAUCACGCGGGAAACAAGUUGUAUUUGUCACGAACAACAGUACAAAAUCUCGGGCGGAUUAUAAAAGAAAAUUAGAGACAUUAGGGAUCCCGGCGACCACGGAAGAGAUCUUUUCUUCCUCAUACAGCGCUUCGAUCUACAUCUCACGCAUUCUUAAUCUCCCCGCCAACAAACGCAAGGUCUUCGUCCUCGGCGAAACAGGCAUAGAGCAAGAGCUUCGCUCGGAGAAUGUCCCCUUCAUCGGCGGCACAGACCCCUCCUACCGUCGCGACAUCACAGCGGAAGACUACAAGCUCAUCGCAGCAGGCGAUGAAUCCCUACUCGACCCAGAAGUCGGCGUUGUCCUCGUCGGGCUCGAUUUCCACUUGAACUACCUGAAGCUCGCACUGGCAUACCACUACAUCCGGCGGGGAGCGGUGUUCCUAGCGACGAAUAUCGACUCGACGCUGCCAAACUCGGGGACGUUGUUCCCCGGUGCUGGAACAGUGAGUGCGCCACUGAUUCUGAUGGUGGGAAGGGAUCCUGUUGCUUUGGGAAAGCCGAACCAGGCGAUGAUGGAUGCGAUUGAGGGGAAGUUUCAGCUUGAUCGGGCGCGAGCUUGUAUGGUGGGGGAUCGUGCGAAUACUGAUAUUCGAUUUGGGCUCGAGGGGAAUCUGGGAGGAACGUUGGGAGUCCUUACGGGGGUAAGUAGUAAAGAGGAUUUCGUUGAGGGGGUUGUGAGGCCUAGUGCUUAUUUAGAUAAACUUUCGGAUUUGUUGGAAGCCGCGGAGUGA